GCGUCUUCAACCGUGGCACCACCAAAAACACUCCGCCGCCGCCGCCGCCACCGCCGCCUUCCCAGCCCUAGCCGCCGGCCUCCUCCGCCGCUGCCGCCGCCGCCGCCCCUCGUGGUAGGAUCGUUGUCGUCGCUGCCCCUGCUUGCAUGAUCCCAGGGCUAGCGAGCCGGGCGGCCUAAAACCCUAGCGCGACCGGCGGGAGGGAGAGAGGGGGCGUCGCGCGCCUGCGCCUGGGUUCUCCCCGACAACUCCGACGCCAUGAAGCUGACCGUGAAGACCCUCAAGGGCACCCACUUCGAGAUCCGGGUGCAGCCGCACGACACUAUUAUGGCUGUCAAGAAGAACAUCGAAGAGAUACAAGGAAAGGAUAGUUACCCAUGGGGUCAACAACUUCUGAUUCACAAUGGCAAGGUUUUGAAAGAUGAAAGUACAUUGGAAGAGAACAAAGUCAGUGAAGAUGGGUUUCUAGUUGUCAUGCUGAGUAAGAGUAAAGCUUCUGGUUCCAGUGGAGCUUUAACUGCACUGGCUUCGAGCACUCCUUCGACCAGGCAAGCACCUCCUCCAGAUGCUCCACAACAAGCUACUCAACCCCCAGCUGCACCUUCAACAACACCACAGCUGGAAAGGCCACCUGCAGAUGACCCUUCAAAUGCAUAUGGUCAAGCAGCAUCAAAUCUAUUGUCGGGAAGCAGCCUUGAUACUACAAUUAACCAGCUGAUGGAGAUGGGUGGUGGCAGCUGGGACAGGGAUAAAGUCAAAAGGGCUCUACGUGCGGCUUAUAACAACCCAGAACGUGCCGUUGAAUAUCUAUAUUCUGGCAUUCCAGUUACAGCGGAGGUUGCUGUUCCAGCAGGUGGUCAAGGGGCAAACACAACCGAGCCAUCUUCUACUACUAGGGAAGCCAGUCUUUCUGGAAUCCCAAACACCUCCCCAUUAAAUCUGUUCCCUCAGCAGGGGGGUCCCAAUGAUGGAGGUGGUGCUGGUGGUGGAACACUUGAGUUCCUUAGACAUAACCAACAGUUUCAGGCGCUUCGGGAAAUGGUUCAUACUAACCCACAAAUAUUGCAGCCUAUGCUCCAGGAACUUAGCAAGCAGAAUCCUCAACUUUUGAGGUUGAUUCAGGAGAAUCAUGAUGAGUUCCUUCAGUUAAUAAAUGAGCCCUUUGAUGGUGCUGAUGGGGACUUCUUAGACCAACCUGACCAGGAUGAGAUGCCUCAUGCUAUCAAUGUCACACCUGAGGAGCAAGAGGCUAUUGGGCGGCUUGAAGCCAUGGGAUUUGACAGAGCACGUGUCAUUGAGGCAUUCUUUGCCUGUGACAGGAACGAGCAACUUGCUGUAAAUUAUCUUCUUGAGCAUGCUGCUGAUGAAGAUUAGAUGGAAUAAUUUAAAAUCCGCUUGUUCUGAGCACCUGGCCUGAAAUUUAUCAAGAUUGGAGGUUUGCAGCGGCCUGUGAUCCAAAUUGAACAAGCUGAGAUGGAGCUAACAGAAAUUUGAAUCGACUAUAUCUUGUACAAUACUCGGUUUAAUUGCUGCCUUAGCAUUCAAAGACAUGGCUUAACAUUUAUUCGAGCAUUCGAGCUAUCUCUGACGGAUUUUCUUACCCAUCCGUUUUUAACCAGUGGAUGUGAAUUGUGAUUGGCCACAUUUUCUGUCCUAUAUAUCUAAAUCACUUCGCGAUCUGCAGAGCAGCAAAUUGGUUUGCGAUUGUGAAGGAAA